AUGGCAGACGUCAAGGAAGUCCCCUUGAACUCGGUCCAGGUUGAGGCCUUGGUGGUCAUGAAAAUUGUCAAGGCUUGCGCCGCGACUUUCCCCACGACCGCUACUGGAUCCCUGGUCGGUAUGGACGUUAAUGGAACGCUGCAAAUCACGAAUUCUUUCCCAUUCCCAACUGCGGAUAUCGCAGCCUCCGAGUCGCAUCCGAAUGAUCAUAUGGCCGCUUCAAACAUGGCAGCUGCGGCUCCCCGAUCGAAGGCGAAUAUCGCAUACCAAAAUGAGAUGAUCAAGUAUCUCCGAGAGGUUAACGUGGAUGCGAAUAAUGUUGGGUGGUACACGAGUGCGAAUAUGGGCAACUUUAUCAAUACCAGCUUGAUCGAGAACCAGUUCCACUACCAGAAGGAGAUGAACGAGAGAACAGUUGCUUUGGUUCACGAUGUCAGCAGAAGCUCCCAGGGUGCUCUGAGUCUACGAGCCUUCAGGUUAUCUCCGAGCUUUAUGGCGGCAUACAAGGAGGGAAAGUUCACGACGGAGAACAUGCAAAAGACGAAGCUUACAUACAAGGACAUUCUGGUUGAAUUACCUAUCAUCGUCCACAACUCACACCUCCUUACAUCGUUCUUGCAUCAAUUACCAACCCCAGUCCCUGAGGGGGAACUCGAAUUCCCUGCCAGUCUUGCAGAUCUCACAAGAGAUACCCCUCAGAUCCCACUCUAUCCCAACCUCGAAUCUCUCGACCUGUCCAUCGACCCCUACCUUGAGAGGACGUGUGAUAUGCUGUUAGACAGUAUCGAGACACAUUAUACCGAACUCAACAACUUCCAAUAUUACCAGCGACAGCUGGCCCGUGAGCAGGCUAAGAUUGCGGCAUGGAAGACCAAGCGUGUAGCGGAGAAUGCCACAAGGGCCACGCAGAAGUUGGCGCCACUGCCGGAGGAUGAAUGGGAGAGACUAUUCAAGCUUCCAGCGGAGCCAAGCAGACUGGAGGGUAUGUUGAAUGCCCGACAGGUGGAUCAAUACUCGAGACAAGUGGAUGGCUUUACUGCUAGUGUCACUGGCAAGAUGUUUGCGGUUAAGAGCAACUUGUUGCCAGAUUCGCAAUAA